AUGAAAUGUUAUUUGUGGAUUUGUAUACUUCUAUUGCUGUGCUCAGAAUGUACUUCGAUAUAUUUUACUCAAUCAACAUAUGAACUUUGGUGUCAAGAAAAUAUUUUAUAUCCAUCGAGUUUUGUUUAUCCAUCAUCACGAAUUGGAAUUCAACGACAAAAUGCACAACAGCAUGUUCAGUAUUCGAUCGUUGAGCAAACAGAUUAUCAAAAAUUAUUUACUGUCAAAUCAAAACGUUUAGGAGAUUUUUAUUUUUUAAUUUUAAAUAUUACGAGACCGUUUGAAAUUAAUCGAGAAUAUCAGCAGACAUAUACAAUUAAAGUCAAAGCACAUAUUACAUUUUCACAAACAAAUACCACAACAGAUCAAGCAGAGAUUCAACUUCGUGUAGCUGAUUCGAAUGAUAACGAUCCCGUAUUUGACGUCGACUACUAUCGACAAAAUAUUACAUCAGUUAGUUUAUUGAAGGAUCAAAAAUCACUUCUAAAAUUUCAUGCCAGUGACGCUGAUGAAAUCGAAAAUGCACAAAUUUUGUAUGAAAUCGAUGAACGUGUAGAUGAUCUAUCAUUACAUCCUCUAACGGGUGAUCUUUAUCUUUUAAACGAUAAAACAAAAAAGAAAACAUAUGAAUUUUCGGUGUUGGCUUACGAUCGAGGACGGAAACGAGAUAAUACAAAUACCAAAACACAAGUGAAAUUAGAAUUUUUUCAAGAACAACAACAAACAUCAGGACGAAAUGGAACAAGAGAAACUGCAAGAAUCUUAGACACCAAUGAGACGAUAUUUUACGAAGUAAUUAAUGAUGUUAACGUUUCAAUCAAUCAAUAUAAAAAUUGGAAUUAUUUAAAUUCUCAUAGACCAUUAUUAUAUGUCGAAGGUCAAAUAACGAAAAAUUUUGAAUUAUUCAUCAUUGAACCAUCAUCGCAUGAUGUUGAAUUUUAUAUUGAAAAUUUGAAUAUUUAUGUUGGACGACCGACUAGUAGAGAUCUAAUAGUAAAAAUAUCAGAUUAUCGUUUAGUUCUGUUGAUUUGCGUUCAAAACCGUAGUCAAUGUCAAAAACUUGUUUAUCGUCUAACUUCUCUAGUUGAUCCACCGUCGCUAACAUUUCUAGUAAAAGAUAAAAUUAUUCUUAAUGAAGAUGUACCGAUCAAUACGUAUGUGACAAAAAUUGAGUCAAACGAAAACGAUGAUUUAUUUAAAUUUACGUACAAAUUAAUUGGUGAUGAUGAUUUACAAAUAUCAAAAUUUUAUAUUGAUCAAACAACGGGUGUUGUUCGAACAGCUGAAUUAUUAGACGCCGAAAAACAACAAUUUUUUCAAUUAGAUAUUCAAAUAGAUUUACAAUUAAAAUCAAAAAAAUAUUCAAUUAUAAAAACGAUUGAGAUAACAGUUCAAGAUCAAAAUGAUUAUAGACCAAAAUUUUUAACAACACAAACUAAUUUCGACUUCCAAGAUACAUACCAGUUUGUAGCAGUUGAUAAUGAUAGAAACAAGGAAACAAAUGGUAGAAUAUCGUAUAUGAUUCGCUCAGAGAACAAAGAUGAUUUUCCAUUCUCUAUCGAUUCGAUGAAUGGCACGUUAGUAUUGAUAAGUACGCCAAAAAAAGAAAAUUAUUAUUUUGAUGUAGUGGCUUUUGAUUGGGGACAACCGAUGAGUUUAGAAACUGUUUUAUCAGUUCAUUUACAUAUGGCACAAAAUGGUCAUAGACAACGACGAGAUAUUCAACGAUCAUCUCGACCAAGGCUCAAAUCAUUGUAUACAAGACGAUGGAAAAAAAAGUAUAGACUUCACAAUAUUUCAACAUCAGCAGUGAUAAGUUCACACAGUCCACAACCAUCAUUAAAUUUGACUAGAGUAUCUAUAAUUACUACGACGUCCACACUGCUACCAUCGACAUCAACUAUAAUUCAACUUAAUGUUGGCUUUCAGUAUCCGUCAAAUGUCACAACGUUUCGUAUCAUUGAAAAUUCUCCGUUUGAAACAACGUUCGGCCGCUUAAAUAUUUAUGACAAUGAUAACGAAGAUUUUGUUAAUAAUAAUUCUUAUCUAUCUACACUAUUUUCUCAUCUGAAUCCAUUUCACUUCGUCAUCCUUUCAAAUGAUUCAACUUUACCACCGUUCUCCAUUUUGGAUGAUGGUACAAUCUUUGUCAUUGAUAAAAUUGAUCGUGAAAAACGUUCAAUGUAUGAAUUUGAUGUUGAAAUAAAAUUAAAACAAAUAUAUACUCUGAAAAUUCAACAGACAUUGUGCGUGGAAUCGUUUAAUAUCAUUUUCAAAUAUAGGCAAAAAAUUAAAGUUAAAAUUUAUAUUGAAGAUAUCAAUGAUAAUCCACCUCAAUGUGAUCGAUUCCACUCUACAGUGGAUGUUGAAGAAAAUAAAAUUCAAACAAAUAUUAUAAAAAUGAAAGGUUAUGAUCCAGAUAGAGGUGAUAAUGGUACUAUUGUCUAUUCUUUAUUGUUUACUUCCGAUCAUUUUAAUAUCAAUAAACAAACGGGUGAAUUAGAUGUGAUAAAACCAUUUGAUCGGGAACAAAAAGAGUCGCCCUAUUUGGUUUACAUUAUUUUAACAGAUCAAGGACAACCGAGUCAACUUCAAACAUUGUGUACACUUCAUGUAAACAUUAUUGGAUUGAACGAUAAUGUUCCACAAUUUAUUUAUCAAAAUAAAUCAUUGACAUAUUAUGAAUUUGACGUUUGGGAAGAUAUGCCAAAACAUGCCGUAUUCGGACAAAUCAUUGCUUAUGAUUUGGAUGGAAAUUUUACUUUACGUUACUCUCUAGAACCAAAUCCUUAUGUUUACAUAUUGCCUACACUCGGUUAUUUAAAACUACGUCGUAGUCUAUACUUGUUAGUUGAUCAAACAUUUAAUAUUAGUUUAACGGUACAAGACGAUGGAAAAUUAGUCAAUCGUACGCAUAUUCUUAUUCAUGUUUUAAAAGUAAAAAAGUCAUCAAAUCCGCUGCUAAUUAAUGAGCCGGCUUAUUCUUUAAUCGUAAAUGAAUCGUUACCUAUUGGUUCAAUUCUCACAAAUAUUUUAAAACGAGUACAGAAUGGGGGUAGUACAAGUGUUAAAGUUGAUUAUAUUGAAUUAUAUGAAAAUUUGACCAUUGCCAACGAAACCAAUGUUAGCAACAGAAACAUGUUUGAAGUGGAUAAACAAGGAUAUAUUCGUCUACGUCGUUCAUUUGAUUAUGAUAAACAAUCGUCCUAUUGGUUAACACUUCGUACAACAAUAUUUGAUACUCGACCACAAUUUUCCUACAUUCAUCUUUAUAUUAGUGUUCGAAAUGAAAAUAAUUUUAUUCCACAAUGUCAUCAUGUUUAUGAAGAAAUUACGUUAGUUGAACAACAACAGAUACCAUUUAUUCAAAUUGAAGCUAUGGAUAAAGAGAAAAAUGAUCAUUUGAAUUAUGCUAUUGUUGAAGGUGAUCAACAACAAUUAUUUUAUAUUGAUUCUAAAAGUGGACAAAUUAGUUUUCAAAGACAAAUGCAUUAUAGACAAGAUAAAAGAAUCUAUGUAUUAACAAUUCGUGUAUCGGAUAAUGGUCGUCCUCCAUUAUCAAGUGAUUGUUUAUUAAAAAUAAAUGUUUUAAGACGACGAGAUGUAAGACCACAAUUUUUACAUGAUAAAAAUGAUAAUAAUUAUCAUUUUGAAUUACCUGAAAUAAAUCGAUCAAAAUUAAAACAACGUUUAUUUCAAAUACCGGCUAUUAUUAAUUUACCAUCUUCAAUAAUGCAAAUGAAUAAUAAUUUACAAAUUCGUUAUCGUCUUGUUGAUUCAACAAAACAUUUUGUUAUUAAUAAAGAAACGGGAUAUAUUGCAGCUAAACAACCAUUGAGAGCCUAUGCUGUCUAUUCAUUUCAAGUUGAAGCAUUUACAGUCGUUCCUCAUCUAUUUUCAUCGGUAUUUAUUUUAUCAAAUAAAAAAUAUCGUUCAGUUUCUCAACGUAUUCAAAUUCCUGUUAAAGUUCAAAUUCUUCCAUUUUCACGUUCAACAAUGAGUCAAAUGAAAAUUAUUCGUACAAUUCCAUUAGUUCAAGAAUUAUUAUCAAAUAAACAAGUUGGAGAUAUUCUUGUUAAUUUAAAUCAAUUUGAAACAGUAAAAAGUGAAAAUCGUACAAAAUGGUUUAUUUUAAAUGGAGAUAUGAAUCAAACAAAAUAUUUUCAUGUAGAUUUACAUACAGGACAACUUUAUCUAAUUCGAUCAAUUAUGGAACUUAUACCAGAAUAUCAAACAAUUGACAUUUUAAUUAAUGAAACAGAUGAUUGGCAAACGGUGACCGUCUAUAAGAUAACUGUUCGAAUUAUUGAGGUUAAUGUUGAAAAUCGUGCAAAAUUUGCUCAAUCAAAUUAUUAUAUAUCCGUUUCUGAAAGUGUUCCAAUUGGAGUAGAAAUAGCUCGAAUGAAUAUUGAUUCAACAAAUUCAUCUUUGUGUACAUACGCAAUUCAAAGUGUUGAAAGAAAAAAAUCAGAUGGACUAUUUCAAAUUAAUCCGUAUAAUGGUGGUGUUAAUGUUGCUCGUCUAUUAAAUAAACAAUCAAAUGGUGACUAUGAUCAACAUAUAUUGACAAUAGUAUGCCGUUGUAAUCAACAGACAUUAGCUGAUUUUUAUGUUGUUAGUACUCGAUUACACGUGAAUAUAUUAGAAUUAGAAAAUGAUAAUUCGAAAAAAAUGAUAUCAGAAAAUAAUCAUAAUGAAUUUUUAAAGCAAAAUUAUGUUGUUGUUAUGAAUUCUACAUUUUUAAAUGAACGAAAAAAUUUAAUCGAUUUUCAAUUAUCGAAUAUGAGCGAUGAUAAUUCAAAAAAUAAUAAACUAUUAAAACUGAAACCAAUAAUUAUCUCAGGUGAUCCGUAUGGUUUAUUUUCUGUUGAAAAUAAUUCGUUCAUUCUAUUGGAUCAACAUCGUACACGUUUAUAUAAAUAUCCAUUAGUUUUAACUAUUGUCAACAAGUUAAUUAACAGUACUAUCAUUAUCUACAUGUCAAAUAUUGGUUUACAAAUGAUGUGUCCAUCAUUAAUUGAAAAAUUUCCUAAUCAAUUUGAAAUCGAUUUUUUAUCACAUCAUUCUCAUAUUCUCUCGAUUUCUGAUAUUCUUCAAGCACAAUCAAAAUUAUUUUUAUAUACCUUAGAAUAUGUCAAUUUCAUGAAUGAUACUCAAAAUUAUCGAGAUUAUUUUCAUCUUGACAAAUUAACUGGGACUCUUUAUUUAAAAAAUCGAUUAUUACCAAAUUAUUUGUUAAAAUCAACGGGUGAGCUCUAUUUUCAUUUCAAUGUAGAAGGCUACGAUCCAUUAUCCGAGUCAAACAUUGUUACUUGUCAAUUUCAAAUGAUUGGAAAACUAGUGAAUACUCAAAAUAUGUUGAUCACAUUUAAACAAGAUAAUUUUACAUUUGAAUUGAAUAAAUAUGAUGGAUAUGUAAAUGAUACAUUUGAAAAUUCCUCGUACGUUUACUCAUUAUCGAAUAAAACAAGUCCAAUUAUUUUGAGAACAAAAGGAUCUUUACUAUCAAACUUUGAUAUUACCUAUCAAUUUUUAAAUCCAAAUAUAUCAUCGAUAAUUCAAUUAGAUUCAUAUGCUGGAUUAAUUAAAGUCAAUGGAAUUUUUCUACAUAAUUUUUAUCCAUUUAUUGUUGUUGCCAAAUAUUUACAACGUAUAAUUUCACUUGUACAAAUUACACUAAAAGUAAAUCAUGAUCGACCAGUAAUAACAGAUAAUAUUAAAUUUUUGAAAUCUGUCUAUGAUUUUAAAGUAUUAUCUAAUGUAUUUGUUAAUAAUAUGACAAUUGGUUAUGUAAAUUUAACAGUAUUUAAUAAUGAAAUUCAAUAUACAAUGUUAAAUGAGUAUAUGUCACAAAUAUUCGGUUUAGAUAAUUUCAAUGGUCGAUUAUUUGUUAAAAAUGUAAAACAAAUUCAAUUAUCAUAUUUGUAUGAUUUUGUAAUAUCAAUUAAUAAUAAUAAAAAUGAUAUUGCAAGAAUACAAAUUAUAUUUCAAGAACAAAAAUAUAAAUUCAAUUGUUACAUGAGAGAAAAAGUGGAAUUUAAAUUGGAAAAUAAAUCACAAUCAAUUGGAUUUAUACAUAUGAAUGAUACAAAAGAUGAACAUAGUGUAAAUGAUCAUCGUAGAUGUUCAUCAUCGAAUCGUUCGCCUUAUUUCUAUAAUCUGUUAAAUUACAAUGAUCAGUUUGAAAUUGAAUCUGAACACGGUUUACUAUUGAAAAAGAGUAUUAAUAGUGUACUGAAUCAAACAUCGUAUGAUUUAUUAGUGGAGAUGACAAUAAAUGAAAAACAAGACAAACAAUUUUGUCUUAUACCUGUACAUAGAGUGGCAUCUUACAAACCACUACUCGAAACAACAUCGUUCUAUCGUAUGAUUCGAAAAAAUCAGAGUAAUGACACAUUAUUACCGACUAAUACGAAAUAUUUUACAUUUAUUCUCGAAAAUAAAUCAUUACCAUUAAAUCAAGAUCAUUUUCAAUUGAUAUUCAAUGUUUAUGAUGAAUUAAAUCAUAAUAUUGAAAAUGGAACUGUUGAUGUUGAUGUUGUUGGAGAUAAAGCACCGAUAUUCAAUGUAAAAAAUUAUACGUUUAAUACAACAUCAAAUAGAUCGGAAAUUGGUACAGUUUAUGCUUAUGGGUACGAUCAAAAUAGUAGAUUGGUUUAUGAAUUAUUGAGUGAAAAUGAUAACAAUUUUUCGAUCGAUUUUGAUAAUGGAACGAUAUAUGCUGUGAAAAAACUUGGAAAUAAAAACUAUACAUUAAUUGUUCUUGUUCGUGAUUUAAUUUAUGAACAAAAUUCAACGAUAAAUGUAUUGAUAAAAUCAAAUGGUAAUAAUGAUGAUGAUAUCAAAUUUCAGUUCAAUAUUUAUUACAUAGAAAUAUCGGAGGUUACACCACCUGGAUCAAUCAUAUUUAAAUUGAAUACAACAUCGACUGUACAUAAUAUCAAAUAUGAAUUGUUAGAACAUAAUGAACAUUUAUUCGAUAUUGAUGCAAGAACAGGGGUCAUAAUAUUAAAAAAUUGGUUGCAUUAUGAAUUACAAUCAUUUUAUUCAUUUUAUGCUCGUGCAAUAAUAAAAUCAUCGUCAAGUCAAACAAUUAUCGAAAUUGAUGUGAAAAAUUACAAUAAUCAUGCACCAAAAUUUAUCAAUUUAAAUUCAUAUAUCGAAUUAUCGAAAACAUUUAUUGAUAGACAACAGUCUAAUGAGAAAAUAUUUGUUACAAAAUUAACAGCUCAUGAUUUAGAUCAAGAUCAACGAUUAUAUCAUCUUAUGGAAAAUAGUGAUAAUAGUUUAUUUGAAAUUGAUAAUCGAACAGGAGUGAUAACACUGACAAAUAAUCCCCAUCACUACCAACAACAACAACAACAAUCGUUGUCAUCUCGAUACGAAUUAAAAGUUGGUGUUACAGAUGGUUUGUACGUAACAACAGGUUUACUUUCAAUUUUUAUUAAUGAUUAUUCUCGAAAUCGUCCAAUAUUCGAUCAGACAAUAUACACAUUUAAAUAUCGUGUUGAAUCUAAUAACGAAAAUGAUUUUAUUCAUAAAAUAUUAGGACAAGUUCAAGCAACAGACAAAGAUCAUGGAGAUUAUUUAAAAUAUGAAUUACACAUGCAACCAAAAGGAGUUUACAUUGAUUUACAGACAGGUGUUUUAACAUUGAAUAUGUCCAAAUUUGAUUAUGAUUUGUAUUAUUCGGAUUCGUCAACAAAUUAUGAGUCCGAUGUUGAUUUUUAUGUAUCAACGAUAGAUUUUGCUUAUCAAUUACAAUAUGCACAAAUUCGUCUUAUAAAUGAAAAUUUACUUGAUCGAUCAUUAACACCAUUAUUUGAAUCUUAUUCAUUUUAUCCUAUUCUACAAAUACCAUUUGAAUCUAAUACACGUAUAAUGAAAUUACAAAUUGUUGAUCAUUAUGAUCGUUUAUUAUUACCAUCAAAAUUUGAAUUUAUCAAUAAAACUUAUACAAAUCUCUUUACAAUUCAAAAUAAUCUAUUAGUUACAUCGAGAGAAUUAUUAGAUAUUCAAUAUCCACAACAAUAUGAUCUAUUUAUUCAAGCAUUUUCAACAAAUUAUACAACAAAUACACGUAUAAUGAUAACAAUAUUACCAUCGAAUGAAAAAAAAAUACAUUUUACUAAAAAUCAAUAUGAAUUUAGAAUUAAUGAAAAUUUACAAGAAGGUUCUCAAAUUGGUACAAGUUGUUUAGAAGAUCCAUAUUCAAUUGUUGACUAUUCUCUUGUAUCAACACCGUUAACAAAACAAUGGUGUAUUCGAAAUAUUCAAUUAUCGAAAUGUCAUAUUUAUUUAAAAAAUAAAUUUUCAAAUAAUAUUGAUUUAUGUCAAUUUGAAAUUCAUGCACAAAAACAAUUAACAGAAAAUUUAACAUUAACAAUAUCAACAAAAGUAAAAAUAUAUGUAGAUGAUAUUAAUAAUAAUAAACCACGAUUUUCAAAAGAUGUUUAUAAAAUAUAUGUAAUGAAAAAGAAAUUAUUUAAUAAUAAUAAUUUAUUAUUAGCACGUGUAUUUUCAACGGAUCAUGAUACUGGUCUAAAUGGCUAUGUUCGAUAUCAAAUAGAAGAAAAUUCAUUUAUUGAAAUAAAUGAUACAAAUGGAUGGUUAUCGAUUAAAACGAAUGAUAAUAAAGAUGAAUCUUUGUUAGAAAAUAAAAAUUAUUUACUACUAACUUUAUAUGCAAUAGAUUCUGGUUUACCAUCGUUAAAUACAACAGCUCUACUCAAUAUUACGUUUGAUAAUUAUGAUCAUGACGACACAAAUAAAAAUAAUUUGAGGUUUUGUUCCAAUAAAGAAAUAACCAACAUAUCUGAUCAAAGUCUACCGGGUACUGUUAUUGAUGAUAUUGAUGUUGGAAGUGACCAUAAACAACGUCGUUGGUAUUAUAUUCUAUCUGGAGAUGACAGUGGUCUAUUUUCAGUAAAUGAAAAUGGUCAAUUAUUUGUUGUAUCAUUGUUAAAUGUUACAUUAGAUACAACAUAUUUUAAUCUUACUAUUCUGAUGCAUGAUGGACUUAAAGAACGUUUCUGUCAAACACAAAUACGAAUUAUAACAACAAGAAAGUGGAACAACUUUGUUUGUCCAAAGAAUACACAUGAAUGGUCAAUAAAGGAAGAAGUACCAGUUGAUACAGUAAUAGCUUCAAUAAUACCCAGUCUGAUAGAAGCGAAUAAUUUUAGUCGAAAUAGUCAUUUCAAAAUGGAACAAAUAAAUGAUUUAUCAAUGACACUUAUUGGAAAAGAUUCGUAUCCAUUUAGAAUAGAUCAAUCGACAGGUGUCCUUAGUGUAAUUGAUCGUCUCGAUUAUGAAACCCAGUCUACAUAUAAAUUUAACAUUUCACUCGAUCUAAAAAAUGACGAACGAUUUAUUAAUCUCAAUUGUCAUUUACCUGUAAUAGUACAUUUAAUUAAUAUUAAAGACAAAAUUUCUCAAUUUCAAUCUGAUAGUCUUGAAUUAUCAGUUAAUGAAAAUAAUCGUUAUCCACUGUACAUUGGUCGUGUUAAAGCAUUAGAUUCUCAUGAUCUAAAUGGUCAUCAUUUUAAUUAUUAUUUACUAAAUGAGACAAAGAAUGAUAUUCGACUUGAUAAAACAACUGGAUCAGUUAUUCUAUUAAAAACAUAUGAUAGAGAAUUAAUUUCAAGCGAACAUUAUUUGAUAAUGAUGGAAGAUGAAAGUGAUAAUAAAUUAAAUUCAACAGGAAUACUUACAAUAAUUGUUAAUGAUGUUAAUGAUCAACCACCUAUAUUUGAUGAACAAUUGUAUGAAACAAAUAUUAGUGAAGCAACAAAACUAGGUUCAACUGUAUUGCAAGUUGUUGCAUCAAGUCGUGAUCCCGAUUCAAAUGGUAAUAUUACUUAUCAUAUUAUUAAUAAUAAUAGUCAUGUAUCCUAUUUUGAUAUUGAUUCCCGUACGGGUGUAAUUAAAUUAAUUAAACCAUUAGAUUAUGAACAUGAUAAACAUAUAUUAUUUACAGUUGAAGCUAUUGAAGAUAAUGUUAUUCAAAAUGUUCAAAAUAGUACACAAAUUACUGUACAUAUUUAUAUUCUUGAUGAAAAUGAUAAUCAUCCACAUUUUAUCGAACAAUAUAAUUGUGAAUUAAAUGAAAAUCAAUUAUCUUUAAAUAUUUGUACAAUUAAUGCGUAUGAUAAAGAUAAAUCAAAUAAUUUAACAUAUUAUCUUGAUGGUUCAAAUCAAAAUUUUAAUAUUACACCAACUGGUACCAUUUAUAAUUUAAAAAAAUUUGAUUAUGAAUUAGAUGAAUCAAAUCAAAAUGUAACGGUAAUUGUCAAUGAUAAUGGUCAACCAAUAUCUUUUAAUUCAACUUUAAAUGUGACAAUUCAUAUUAAAAAUUUAAAUGAUAAUCCACCACAAUUUGAAAAUAAAACAUUAACAUUGACAUAUUUUAAUUAUCCAAGUGUAAAUACAACAUUGUAUAAUUUUUCAGUCAUUGAUAAAGAUGGAAUGAUCGAUAAAAUAUUUCAAAUUAUUUCUGGUAAUGAUGAUCGUGUAUUUGAUAUUCAACAUUCAAAUCAACUUAUUCUAAUUAAAAAUAUUUCUCAAGAUAGACAAUAUCAAAUAACUGUACGUGUUUUUGAUGUCGAACAAUUAUAUUCCGAUAUGAUGUUAACAGUGAUAUUUUCGAAACGAAUCAUUGAAAAACCAAAAUUAUUAAUAAAAAAAAUUGAUGGAUAUAUUUCAACACAAACGGCAACAAUGGUCAAUUUAGGACAAUUAAAAGUGAAUAAUAAUCAUCUGUACGAUUAUUUAUUCUAUCAGUUAGUUCAACAAUCACAACAACAACAAAACUAUUUUCGUCUAAAUCAAAUAUCUAAAAAUGAAACAGAAUUAUGGUUAAAAUUAAACACAACAACAUCACAACAGAAUCAACAUUAUUCGAAACCAUUGAUACUAACAGCAAAUAUUAUUGUCAUAGGUGUGAAAAAACAAGCGUUCAAUAAUAGCGAUGGACAUAUUGAUUCAACAAUAAUGAAUUCUUUUCAAUUUUCAACCUAUUUCAAUCAUGAAACGGAAUCAUCAUUUGAUGUCAACCGUAUUGAUAUUCGUCUAUGGCCAAUUGAAAAAGAGAUGCUUGAACGUUCAAUAUCGCUCAUAGUUGAACCUUAUAAUUAUAAACAAUUUUUUCUUGAUGGUUUACAAAAAUUAAAAUCAACAUUGGCUGAUAUAAUUGGCGUUAAUUUAAAAUAUGUUUAUAUAUACGCUAUACAACCGCAGGAAUAUGAACAAGAACGAGAUCAUAAUCGACUUGCCGAUGAUUUACAUUAUGAUGAUGAUGAAUAUGACUAUGAUUUGAAUGAUGGAUCUGUUCCAGUGAAAGAUUUGUUAACAACAUAUUCUUAUCAUAAUAUAAGUAGUAGUGAAAUAAAAACGAUUGAAUUAUUAAUUUCUAUUGCUCGUUAUCAAACACGUACACCUACAAAACAAUCUCAUUCUCUACGUUUUUUACAUAAAAAAUUAUUAUUUAAUGUAAUUAAAAAUAAUAGUGAUUUAAUUCUUCGAUCAUCUCAAAUAAAAUUUGUUCAAUCAAUGACAACAUCACAUUGUACAAGUCAAACAUGUAAAAAUAAUGGAAAUUGUAUAAGUAAAAUUCAAUUGAUUCAAAAUAGUUAUCAUUUGUAUGAAGUUGAUACACAAGAGUACAAUUUAUUUAUGCCAAAAUAUAAAUGGAAAUAUCGAUGUGUCUGUACACCAAAUUAUAUCGGAUCUCGUUGUGAAAUUUAUCAAAAACAUUGUUCUUUAAAUCCGUGUUCACCAAAUGAAAGAUGUAUCGAACUAAAUGAUUCGUAUGAAUGUGAGUGUAUUGAUGAACCAUGUGGUGAAACGAAAAGUGCCAGUGAUUUAUUAGAAGAGAAUCUGAACAAUGAAUGUAUCAAUAUCAAUUCACCAACAUGCAGAGACUCAUCAAAUUCUCUUACAUUUGAUGGCUAUAGUUAUGUACGAUGGAAAUUAAAUCGAACAAUGUCAACUAUAAAUACAAAAUUCACGUUUCGAACUCAAAUACCACAAGCUAUUUUAAUAAAAAUGACAGCAAAGUUGUUUACACUUGGUAUUAAUAUUGUCGAUAGUCAUAUAAGUGUAGACUUUAAUUCUAAACAAAUAAUGAAAUUAUCAUUGAUUCAAUGUAACGAUGGUUUAUGGCAUGAUAUUCAUUUAUUUGUUGAUACGAAAACAAUUUUAAUUCGUCUUGAUCAUGUUUUUAGUGAUUUAUAUAAAAUUCCAUCCUUUUUAAAAUCAUAUAUUGUGGAUGAAUUAACAAUUGGAUCGGAACUUGGUGGCGGAUUUCAUGGAUGUUUAGGAAAUUUUACAUUUAAUUCACAGUUAAUUCAAUUAAAAAAUGAUAAAGAAUUAAUUCACAUUGGAACACAUGACGGUUGUCAACUACCUCCAGAAUUAGAAACACGUUCAAAAUUAGAUCAUUCAAUAUGUUCAUUAAAUCCAUGUUAUCAUGGAGGAAAAUGUUCAACCGUAUCAAAUGGUUACAAAUGUACAUGUCUUAAACGUUUUGCAAAUAAACAAUGUCAAUUGGAUUUAUUACCAUGUGAAAGUAGACCAUGUCAAGAUCAAGAACGUCGAAUUUGUCGACAACAACAAAAUAUGACAAUAAGAUCGUUUCAUCAGUCUUAUAGACAAAGUGUAGCUUAUACGUGUGUAUCGAGUCAUGAUCAAUUGGGUCAAGAAGAUGUAAAUGAAUGUUUAGAAUAUGAAAAUUUAUGUCCAUCAAAUACACAAUGUAUUAAUACAAUUGGUAGUUACAUAUGUAGUGAAACAAAUUGUACCUCUUCCUCAUGUUUAAAUCAUUCCACGACACUUUUAUCAACAUCAUCUUCAUUCUCAACAUCAACUUCCACUCAAUAUAUUCUCAUUGCUAUUUCAAUUGGCGUUGGACUAUUAUUAUUUAUUUUAUUAAUUGUUAUAUUACUUUAUUGUCGAAGAUCAACUCCUUAUGCGAAUCGUAAACAGCAAUCCAGUCUAACAGCAGCUCAAAAACAAAAAUUAAUUGUUUCAUCACCAUUACUAUUAAAUAAUAUGACAACAUCACCAGAGAGACAAGCAAUUGAAAGUCCAGUACAAACAUUAUUGAAAUUUAAUAAUGGACACGCAGGUGGCAAAAAACAGCAACAUAUUGAAACAGUAACUAAUGGUCCGGAAAGUAUACCACUUAAUGAAGAACAUAAUUCAACAUUUAAAAAGAUGAAUAAUUUAAAUGAAAAAAAUUCUACUCCAGAGAAAUCAUCUGUAAAAACGUUAUCACGUGAAUCAUUGAAUAAACGAAUGAAUGAUCCAAAAUCGGCUCUCUAUUGGUCAAUCGGUAACAGAAAAAUGAUUUAUAAUAAUAGUAAAAACAUUCCACCAGAAAAUUUUCUCCAUUACAAUGUGAUUGAAGAUGAAAGUACACGAAUUCCAUUAGUUACCUCAAUGGUUAACAAUUUAGAUCAAGAAACAGAAUCUGAUCUGUCAACAGCUAAAAAAUAUAAUACUAACACGAGUAAUCCGUUAACAGAUUAUAAUGUGAGAAUAAAUUCACUAUCAAGUUUAACAGAAAAAUUAGCCGAACAAAAUGAUAUUGAACUUACUCAAUCGUCGAACGAUAGUAACACAGACGAACAAGUGCAACAUGACGAAGUAGGGGAAGAUGAAUAUAAAGCGAUACUAUCAAUAAAACAUCCACAAGACAAAGCAAUUUAUGCUAAAGUUAAUAAAACCAAGAACAGUAACAAUAUAAAUUUAUCACCAUCUGAUAAUUGUUUUGGUUUAACAAGUACUAGUUUAAUUCCCCGAUCGAAUAAAUCCGUUAAUUCAUCGUCAUCUCCUCGUCCAAUACCACAUAAUCACUAUGUAAGGACUACAUCGAUUCUAAAACCAUUAUCGUCGACAUAUUCUACAUUUAUCGAUACUACUCCGUCCUACUUAUUGAACAGUAUUGAUUCAUCCGAUAUAUCGUCUGAUAGUGGUACUCUACCACCAGAAUUAAAACCCACAUUAAGUUAUGUCAAACAACAAAAUGGAGAAAGUAAUUCAAUAACAAGUUUAUUUCAAAAUUCAAAUUCAACAACGAAAGGUAGUGGUAGUGGAGGAUGGAAAGUAAAUCCAAGAAAACUAGAUAGUUUGAAAAUAAAACGAAAUAGUCGAACGAAUGGAUGUAAUGAUGAAGAGGACGAUGAAGAAAAUAAUGAUAUUGAUGAAACAAGUCGAUUAACAUCAACGCCUACGCGUCUAAGGCACGGUAGCGAAGGUAAUAUACCAUUGUCAAUUACAGAUAAUAAUCGAAUUAAAUUAUCGUCGUUUUUUCAAACCGAAGUUUAA